AUGACAAGUCUAACUUUCCUCCAAAAACAAGCAGAAGUUGAACGCCUCGCCGAAGACAUCCUCAUCAAAAAGCAGCUUGUCGUCGAUCUCGACCGGCGGCGAAACGAUAACCGCAUGGCCCUGCGUUCCAUCCAAAAAACCUCUUCCUCACAACCCGACAAAAAAACCUACUUCUUCGCCGGAGGCCUUUUCAUGAAACUGCCCGCCUCCUCCGUCAGCACGCUCCUCACGGAGGACCAGACGAACAUUGAUGGGGAGAUUGGGCGGUUGAGGGAGAGUAUGAAGGAGAAGGCGUCACAGUUGGAUGUGCUGGAGCGGGGUGGGGAGGGCGAGGAGGGGAGGAUGAAGGGGUUUGGGUUGAAAGGGAUGGGGAAGGACGAGUUGAGAAAUAUUGCAAGGCGGUGAUGAUGGCGGAGGUCAUCUCAAACCAACACCGUCGACUACGGCACUAUAUAUUUCACACAAAAAUACCCCAUAUGUACAUACGUCCUCAGAGCACGUCUCCUAAUCUCAAACAAAUGGAAAGGUGACAAGAAACCGGCCGCCCUCCUAACUUAUUCCCGUAAUUCGAACCCUACGUCAUCUGUUCUCUGAGUGGCACCCCCUACUCUUACUUUCCGUCUCGCUACUCGCCGACAGAACCUCAUCUCGCAGAAAUGUUGCAUGCUAUGCGAGGCUAGCCUCCGUAUCCUCCUUCCUUCUCACCACUUCGGUGCCACGAUUCCCG